GACAUGGACUCCUCACCUCCACCUGAAGUAAUAGUAGAGUUUGAGUCUACAGUUGAAAAAGUGCAUGCAGUUCAUUCAGUUGAAGAUGGGAAUGGAAUAUUCCUCCAGCAAUGGCAAUCGAAGGUGCGCCCCUACAUCGAGAUGAUCGACUAUCUGCGGCGUAUCGGCAUUGAGAAAGACCUCGCCCUGCCGUCCAUCGCUGUGGUUGGAGACCAGAGCUCUGGAAAGAGUUCUGUUUUAGAGGCACUAUCUGGCGUAGCUUUACCCAGAGGCAGUGGUAUUGUCACUCGAUGUCCACUGGAACUGAAAUUACGGAAGAUGCAAGCAGGUGCAACCUGGACGGCUGUUAUCUCUUACAGAGACACACAAGAGACAUUCACUAACCCUGCACAGGUCGAGAGCUUUGUCAGAAAAGCUCAGAAUGUGCUCGCUGGAGAAGGAGUGGGAAUCUGUGAUGAACUCAUCAGUUUGGAGAUCACGUCUCCUGAUGUGUGUGAUCUCACACUGAUUGACCUCCCUGGUAUUACUAGAGUUCCUGUAAAAGGACAACCUGAAGAUAUUGGAGAUCAGAUUAGGCGGCUUAUUUUGAAAUUUAUUGAGAAGAAAGAAACCAUCAAUUUGGUUGUGGUGCCCUGCAAUGUUGACAUAGCAACAACUGAGGCCUUGCGGAUGGCACAGGGUGUGGAUCCUCACGGAACAAGAACGUUAGCCAUUCUAACAAAGCCGGAUUUGGUGGAUAAAGGGGCAGAAGCUGAUAUCUUACAGAUUAUGCAGGGUAAAGUUGUCCCGCUGAAAAAGGGUUACAUCAUCGUGAGAUGCAGGGGCCAGAGUGACAUCAAUGAAAACCUGUCCCUGGCUGAAGCCACGAGACUGGAGACGGAAUUCUUCCGUAACCACAGUCAUUUCAGCUAUCUUCUGGAGGAACAGAGAGUCACGACGCGGUGUCUUUCCAACCGGCUCACCAAAGACCUGGUGGAACAUAUCAGGGCAUCACUGCCAUCAUUGACGGAGCAGAUUCAGAUCCGUCUGUCUGCUGUGAGGGUAGAGCUGAGGAACUAUGGUCAUGGUCCUCCACUAGAGCAAGAGAAGUUGGGUCCUUAUCUGAGCAAGAAAAUCCUGGAGUUCAGUGAUCAGAUCAGCGAGCUCUGCAGGACUGGAGCAUCAGGACAGGCAAACCUCUACUCUCUCCUGCGGCCUGUGUUCAAGCAAUGGGAGGGCUUACUGAGAGACUCCAAAGCAAGCUUCAGAGCGGCAGUUCAGGAGAUGACUGAGAACUAUGAGGCACAUCGUGGGAAAGAGCUGAUAACAUUCAGUGAUUACUGUGUGUAUGAAUCACUGGUUCAGAAGCAUGUUAAUGAAAUCAAACUACCAGCUGUGGAGACUGUGAAGAUCAUCAGAGGAAUUGUACAAACUGAGUUCAGAACUGUCUGUGAGCUCUGCUUCCCAAAUUUCCCUCAUUUGAGGUACAUGAUUCUAAACCAGAUCGAAGAAAUUCAGUCAAAGCAAGAGUCCAAGGUGGAGAAGAGGCUUCUGGAAUACAUCAGCAUGGAGAAACUCGUGUACACGCAGGACCCCAUCUUCACUCAGAAACUGGUGGACUUCCGGUUUGUGGAGCAGAGGCAGGAGUAUGAGUCUGUUUGUUUAGAUACAGGAGAGAAUGCGACCUCUGUCAACAACUGCGCCGUGUUCGACACCAGAAAGCUAACACCUGAAAAACUGAUCAUCUACUACGAGAUCGUCUACCAGCGGCUGGCAGACUACGUGCCUAUGCUGGUUCUUCUGUUCAUGAUGAAAGAAGCUGCCAUUCUGCUGAGAGCUGAAACCAUGAACCUGCGGGAUGGAGCUGAUAUGGGAAAACUUCUCAAUGAAGAUUCGGAGGCGGGGCGAAAGAGGGCAGAGCUGUAUCAGCGCAUGGAGCGACUGCGGCAAGCACAGGAGAGGAUCAGCAUCACCAUUAACCUUUAAAAUGAUGCACUUAUUCUGUUUUUUUUACUUACUGUGAAGUAAAUCUUUUACAAUAUCCGCAAAUUAGUACGAUGGUUUGAUUCUUAAUACAACCCCAAAAACAGGAAAAGAUUGGGAUGAUAUUCCUUGCAAUUACUUAAAAUUGACUUUUUUCUGGCCAAUUUUAUUUUGAUUUUUUGUUUUUGUAAAAAAUUAUAUCUUUUUAUGGAACCACACUGAAGUUAUGGCACUUUAAUAUAAUGUACAGUUGUCAGU